GACACAGAAUCGGAAAUAGGCUCCAGGCUCUGAGCUGUCAGCACAGAGCCCGACGGCGGGGCUCGAACUCACAGACCGUGAGAUCAUGACCUGAGCCCAAGUCGGACGCUUAACCGACUGAGCCACCCAGGCGCCCCUAUGUUUAUUCAUUUUUGAAAGAUAGAGACAGAGCACAAGCAGGGGUGGGACAGAGAGAAAGGGGGACACAGAAUCUGAAGCAGGCUCCAGGCUCCGAGCUCUCAGCACCAGAGCCCGACGCGGGGCUCAAACUCACGAACCACGAGAUCAUGACCUGAGCCGAAGUCGGACACUCAGCCGACUGAGCCACCCAGGCGCCCCACAAAAUACUUUUUAUUAUCACUUACCUUUAUUUCUCCUUUCUGUUGUUACAGUGAGAAAAUUAUAUAGAGUUGUGGUCACUUUUGCCAUGCAUGAUGUAGGGACAUUACCCAUGCAUUUCCUUCCCAGGUAGUCCUGGGGGCUUGACCCUGAAAGGGUUGAGAACUGGUGUAACCAUGAUCGUUUCAAAUGCUGGUGGUGAGGAGGGAACACUAAAACCUCCCCAGGAUAUUUUUUAAGUCUCCUCCCCACCUCUCCUAUCCUACUUUCCAAAGCAUGAAACAGGGGAUCUACAUGGGAGUUUCUUGCGGGGGAGGGGUCCAGAACGUGGCUCCCCAGUUAAUGGGUGAUGGAAUUUGCACAAGAGCUGGGCAAAGGUGAAAGGGCCUGUCCUGCCCCAAAUCCCUCAUCCCUUCGCUCCGCUUCACUGAUGCCUCCACCCCCUCCCCACUCCAGGCAGCUAACUUCCUCCAAACUCCGACCUCUUACUCUCUCUACUUAACUCUGGCCCAGGGCAGCCAAGACAAGAAGAAAGGCAGUCAGCAUGAGCCGAUCACACCCCCAUCCCGUCCAACUCCAGUCUAUGGGCCCCCAGGAUGCCCUGGCCACACUGCCGCCACCACCACUCCCACCGCAGCCUGCUGUCCAAAAUCCCUCCUCUCACCCUUGGGCCUCUCAGUGUGGGCCUCCUCCCUGGGGCCUCAGCUGUCUUCUGGCUCUGCAGCAUAUCUUGGUGCUGGCUUCUCUGCUCUGUGUCUCCCACUUGCUCCUGCUUCAAAAUCUGCCCCAAGGAGAGCUCUCAUAUUCCCCUGCCCAACUCCUGGCCUCCAGCCUCUUUUCGUGUGGUGUGUCUACCACCCUGCAAAUUUGGAUAGGCAGCAGGCUGCCUCUUGUCCAGGCUCCGUCCUUAGAGUUCCUUGUCCCUGCUCUGGUGCUGACCAGCCAGAAGCUACCUCUGGCCAUCCGGACACCUGGAAACUCCUCCUUUGUGCUGCGCCUGUGUGGGGGGCCUGGCUGCCAUGGCCUGGCGCUCCGGAACACUUCUCUCCGAGAGGUGUCCGGGGCUGUGGUGGUAUCCGGGGUGCUGCAGGGCACGCUGGGGCUGUUGGGGAGUCCCGGCCAUUUGUUCUCCCACUGUGGGCCCCUGGUGCUGGCCCCCAGCCUGGUGGUGGCAGGGUUCUCUGCCCACAGGGAGGUGUCCCUUUUCUGCUCUACUCACUGGGGACUGGCCUUGCUCACCUGGGCUCCUGCCAGUUACCUCGGUGCCCCUGGAGGCCAGCUUCAGCCUCCUCGCCUCACACUCACAUUCCUGUCUUCCGGCUCCUCUCGCUGUCUGCCUCCCCCAAGGCACCAUGGAUUUGGCUGCCUCACCCAGGCUGGAUCUCGGCGAGUGGCCCAUCUGGUGGGACUGCUCUGCGUGGGGCUUGGGCUCUCCCCAAGGCUGGCCCAACUCCUCACCACCAUCCCGCUGCCUGUACUUGGUGGGGUGCUUGGGGUGACCCAGGCCGUGGUUCUGUCUACUGGAUUCUCCAGCUUCCACCUGGCUGACAUUGACUCUGGGCGGAACGUCUUCAUUGUUGGCUUCUCCGUCUUCAUGGCCCUGCUGCUUCCGAGAUGGCUUCAGGAAGCCCCUGUGCUGAGCACAGGCUGGAGCCCCUUGGAUGUAUUACUGCGCUCGCUGCUCACAGAGCCCAUCUUCCUGGCAGGACUCUUGGGUUUCCUCUUAGAGAACACCAUUCCUGGCACAAGGCUUGAGCGAGGCCUAGGUCAAGGGCUGCCAUCUCCUUUCUCUACCCAAGAGGCUCGGGUGCCUCAGAAAUCCAGGGAGAAGGCUGCUAAAGAGUACCAACUUCCUUUCCCCACCCAAAAUUGGUCUCCCUGUAUCCCCCAGCCCCUCCGUUGCCUCUGCCCUCUGCCUGAAGACCCUAGGAAUGAGGAAGGAGGGGCCUGUGAGCCAGGAGAGACAGCAGACUUGUUGCUUGGCUUUGGGGAGCAGUGUCCUGAGUCUAGCAGAGAACUUAGGUCCCAGUGAUUACCAGGACUCCUACCCCUGUCCUGGUUAGUUUAGCCCUAUCUCCCAGCUUGCUGUGAGAGUCAGCUCCCAGGCUCUAAUUUCUCCUAGGAAGAAGGUGUGUGUGUGUGUGUGUGUGUGUGUGUGUGUGUGUGUGUGUGAGAGAGAGAGAGAGAGAGAAAUGGACCCACCUAAAGGUCUCACUUCCCAAUAGGUGUGUUGCCUUUCCUUCUCUUAAUUAGGCCUAACUGUUCCCGGCAGGGGCCAUGGUUUAGUGGACCAGGAAUGAAUGAAUGAGAUUUUGUAUGUGAACUAUCUAUAGUCGAACCCCAGCAUUCACUUAACAAAUAUUUAUUGAGGGCCUCCCAUGUGCAAGGUCUUGGAACUACAGAUAUGGAGAACACAGGGCCCCUGCCUUCUUAAGGUACCUACCAUUUAAAAAGCCUUAUGUAGGGGCACCUGGGUGGCUCAGUCGGAUAAGUGUCCAACUCUUGACUUUGGCUCAGGCACCGUGUAGGGCUCCGUGCUGAGCGUGGAGCCUGCUUGGGAUUCUCUCUCUCUGCCUCUCCCCCUGCUUGUGUGCUCUCUCUAAAUAAAUAAACAUUAAAAA